AUGGCGUCGUCCAGCAGCAACGUCGUCGGCGUGCACUACCGCGUCGGCAAGAAGAUUGGCGAGGGCAGCUUCGGCGUCAUCUUCGAGGGCACGAACCUGCUCAACAACACCCAGGUCGCCAUCAAGUUUGAGCCGCGUAAGAGCGAUGCUCCCCAGCUGCGCGACGAGUACCGCACCUACAAGAUUCUGGUGGGAUGUCCCGGCAUCCCGAAUGUAUACUACUUUGGCCAAGAAGGCCUGCACAACAUCCUCGUCAUUGACCUCCUCGGCCCCAGCUUGGAAGAUCUGUUUGAUCUCUGCUCCCGACGCUUCUCCAUCAAGACGGUUGUUAUGGUCGCCAAGCAGAUGCUGUCUCGCGUGCAGACCAUUCACGAGAAGAACCUCAUCUAUCGCGACAUCAAGCCCGACAACUUCCUCAUUGGACGCCAGGGCACCAAAGGUCAGAAUGUCAUUCACGUUGUCGACUUUGGCAUGGCCAAACAGUACCGAGACCCCAAGACCAAGCAACAUAUCCCCUACCGAGAGCGCAAGUCUCUAUCAGGCACUGCAAGAUACAUGAGCAUCAACACCCAUCUCGGACGAGAGCAAUCCCGCCGUGAUGAUUUGGAAGCAUUGGGUCACGUGUUCAUGUACUUUCUACGCGGCGGCCUUCCCUGGCAAGGCCUCAAAGCUGCGACGAACAAGCAAAAGUACGAGAAGAUUGGCGAGAAGAAGCAGACGACCGCCAUCAAGGACUUGUGCGAGACCUUCCCCGAGGAGUUUAACAAAUACCUCUCCUACGUGCGAAAUCUCGGCUUCGAGGACACGCCAGACUACGACUACCUCCGCGACCUCUUCACCAAGGCCCUGGCCAGCACCGGAGAAGUGGAAGACGGCGAGUACGACUGGAUGAAGUUGAACAACGGCAAGGGCUGGGACAUGCCAUCGCGAGCAUCCCAGUCUCACGCCGGCCGCGGCGAUGGAGCCGAUCCAUCGCGCGCCGCAGUCGUCGGCGUCGCGCCCCCGGGCGGCCAGCGCGCAUCCCGCGCACAAGUCUCUCAGGACCGCCUCAACGCCGAACUCCCCAAACCCGGCGCAGCGCGGACACCACAAGGGCAAAACGGCAGCAAACCGCAAGUGCGCCGCAACCCCAACAGCGACCUGGCGAAGCGCGGCAGCAAUGGCCAGAUCCUCGAUGCCGCCGGCCAAGGAGGCGACCAAGCGUCCACCACGCCGCACUUUGCGAAUAGCACCCCCAAUCUGCCGGGACGCAUGAGCACCGCAGCCGUCAACUCGCGCCAGCCAUCCGGCAUCGCAGCGCCCAACACCCAGCGCCCAGCAGGCCAGCAAGCGACGAACAACGCACAGCAGCAGCAUAACGGCGCAGAUGAGGAGCGAGGCGGCGCGAUGCAGAAGCUGCUGAAAGUGCUGUGCUGUGGAUAG